UCCACCGUGUUGCACAAAGCUCCGCUGCUGCCCAGUCCUUCCUGUCCCUGCCGCGCGCUGCGGUCCGUAGUGAGGCCCCGCCUCCGCGGCCCUCGGCGCCGCCUAGCCUGGCCCGCAUCCUACCCCACCGGAGCCGCGCGUSAGGACGGCUGAGACCGCAGAAGUGACUGGAAGAACAAUGCAUGCAUGUCUUUGACACCAUGAUGUACAUCCGGCAAAGAAAAGAGGUAAAAACCACAGAAGUUUCUGAGGAUUUUCCAGCACAAAAAGAAAAUGUGAAGUUGGAAAAUAAAUUGUCUUCUGGUUGUGCCAGCCGAAGAUUUUGGAAGAUUCUGUCAUUUACAAUUGGAGGGACCAUUGCCCUUUGCAUUGGACUUCUUACAUCUGUCUACCUUGCCACCUUACAUGAGAAUGAUUUAUGGUUCUCUAAUAUUAAGGAAGUGGAGCGAGAAAUCUCAUUCAGAACAGAAUGUGGACUGUAUUACUCCUACUACAAGCAAAUGCUGCAGGCUCCAACCCUCAUGCAAGGUUUUCGUGGCUUAAUUUAUGAUAAUAAAACUGAAUCUAUGAGGACAAUUAACCUUCUUCAACGAAUGAAUAUUUACCAAGAAGUUUUUCUCAGUAUUUUAUAUAGAAUUCUACCCAUACAGAAAUACUUAGAGCCGGUUUAUUUUUAUAUUUACACUUUAUUUGGACUCCAAGCAAUCUACGUCACGGCUCUUUACAUAACCAGCUGGCUUCUUAGUGGUACCUGGCUGUCAGGAAUGCUGGCAGCUUUCUGGUAUGUCACAAAUAGAAUAGAUACCACCAGAGUUGAGUUUACCAUCCCACUGAGGGAGAACUGGGCACUGCCCUUCUUUGCAAUUCAGAUAGCAGCGAUUACAUAUUUCCUGAGACCAAACUUGCAUUCUCUUUCUGAAAGGCUGACACUUCUCGCCAUUUUCAUAUCAACUUUUCUCUUUAGUCUGACAUGGCAAUUUAAUCAAUUUAUGAUGCUGAUGCAAGCAGUAGUGCUGUUCAUACUGGACUCCUUAGACAUGCUGCCAGCUGUGAAGGCCACAUGGCUGUAUGGCAUACAGAUAACAGGCUUACUCCUGGUCUGCGUUCUUCAGUUUUUUAAUUCCAUGAUUCUUGGCUCAUUGCUUAUCAGUUUUAACCUUUCAGUAUUAAUUGCAAGAAAACUUCAGAAAAACCUGAAAACUGGAAGCUUCUUUAAUAGGAUUGGGAAACUUUUGUUACAUUUAUUUGUAGUUUUCUGUUUGACACUUCUUCUCAACAGCAUUAUUAAGAAAAUUCUUAACCUGAAGUCAGAUGAACACAUAUUUAAAUUUCUAAAGGCAAAAUUUGGGUUUGGAGCAACAAGGGAUUUUGAUGCAAAUCUGUAUCUAUGUGAAGAAGCUUUUGGCCUCCUGCCCUUUAAUACAUUUGAAAGGCUUUCAGAUACUCUGCUUUUUUAUGCUUACAUAUUUGUUCUGUCCAUCACAGUGAUUGCAGCCUUAGUUGUUGCCUUUCAAAAUCUCAGUGAUGCUGCAAAUCAACAAUCCCUGGGUAAAAUGGGAAAAUGCACAGUUGACCUGAAACCAGAAACUGCCUACAACUUAAUACACACCAUUCUGUUUGGAUUCUUAGCAUUGAGUACCAUGAGGAUGAAGUACCUCUGGACAUCUCACAUGUGUGUGUUCGCGUCAUUUGGCUUAUGCAGCCCUGAGAUUUGGGAGUUGCUUCUGAAGUUGGUCCAUCUUUAUAACCCAAAGAGGAUAUGUAUAAUGCGAUAUUCAGUACCAAUAUUAAUACUGCUGUAUCUGUGCUACAAGUUCUGGCCAGGAAUGAUGGAUGAGCUCUCCGAGUUGAGAGAAUUCUAUGACCCAGAUACAGUGGAGCUGAUGAACUGGAUUAAUUCUCACACUCCAAGGAAGGCUGUGUUUGCUGGAAGCAUGCAGUUGCUGGCCGGAGUCAAGCUAUGCACCGGCAGGACCUUAACCAACCACCCGCACUAUGAAGACAACAGCCUGAGGGAGCGAACCAAAGCGGUUUAUCAGAUAUACGCAAAGAGGUCCCCAGAGGACGUGCACGCCCUUCUAAGGUCCUUCGGCACUGACUACAUAAUCCUGGAAGACAGCAUAUGCUAUGAACGCAGGCACCACCGGGGCUGCCGGCUGCGGGACCUGCUUGACGUCGCCAAUGGACACAUGAUGGAUGGCCCUGGAGACAAUGAUCCAGAUUUGAAGCCUGCAGACUACCCUCGCUUCUGUGAAGAGAUAAAGAGGAACCUGCCCCCCUACGUGGCACACUUCACUCGAGUGUUUCAGAACAAAGCAUUCCAUGUCUACAAGCUGACCAGGAGCAAGUAAUGGAGAUCUCUGCCCAAUCUCUGUUUUGACACACUGAGACUCCCACAGCCCUGGAGUCUCCAUCUCUCUGCAGCUACCUGCUCCAGCCCAGCACAGCCAGGUGCCACGCCCUGGUACUCCCAACACUCCUCCUCCCUCCCCCCUUCUGUUCCAUUCCCACACCAGACCUCGCUGUGUGAGUUCCUCUGAUUAUAAGUACACAACUCAGCUGUGUAUAAGCCUAGGAAAUAUGGAUGUGAAAAGAGUUAUUUCUGUAAAAAUUAAGUUGACCGUUUUGAUGUGGAAACACUUCAACUGCUAAUAAAAAUCACUUUUAAAUUUAAUGUGGUUAACAAAAUCAUGAAAUUCUGAGGGAAACAUAAAAAUCAAGAAAAUUCCUGAACUUAGAUUGCUUCACAGAUUUUUCUGUGUACUCACUCUGCCUUUUAAAAGUCUGAACCAAUAGGAAGGUGGUCAGAUGUACCCAAAUCAUGUUAUUGGUAUGACUUGUACAAGAAAUGAACAACAGUCACUGAACCCUCGUGCAGAAGAAAGUCCUUAUUAGCUUCACAUCAAAAGAUUAGCAGAUGAAGGACUGGGGGUGCAGCUCAGUAUAGGAGCAUUUGCCUCACAUGUGCAAAGGCCGGGCUUCCUUCCCCAGCACCGGGGAGGAGAGAAAGAAAAGACGGGUGAAUGAAAGUACAUUUGUACAUUGCAGGUAAUGCUUCCCUACUUGAACCUAGGUACUUUGUUAAAAUGCCAACUAUAGGUACAGAUCACAAUGACCCAUAGAGAUUCUACUAGGGUAGAAAGGCCCUGGGGACACUUUCAUUACAGGCAUUUAUAGGAUAGGGCUUCAUUUCAGAUGUGUUGGCCAGGAAUGUAAUAAAGGUUUAUCUAGGCCGCUCAUUGUCUCUUAAAGAUGAUCUGACUGACCUGUGUGAAUUGACCUCAAUAAGUUGUGUGUGUGUGUGUGUGUGUGUGUGGUGUUGGGUGGGUGCUGCCAGGGCAAGGGCAUGUGUAAAUAUUUCAUCAGAUCUGCAUCUUUAUUUCACAAUUAACUAGAAAAUGUUUGUUCUGAUUCGUAUUAACUUUGACUAAAAUGUUAAAAAUUUAGCUCAUCUUUGGCCCAAAUCUACAGAAUUAUCAUAGAAAUAUUUAAUUUUAAAAUGUUAAUUCAAUCCUUAGAGUUAAUAGGAUGAUAAUAAAAUGCGCUCAGAUCAUGUAUCUUGGUUAACAUGCUCCCAAACGCUCCAUAUAUGACGACCUUUUGACCUAGAAGAGAAAGCUUGUCUGUUCAUGGAAGAAGAGUCUUUUUAAGGUGAGAAAGUGGCUUACUCUCUUGUGACAACUAAUUUUCUGUUUUUUACAUCCUAUGGGUAAAAUCUUACAAAGAGCUUUUAUAUAAGUUGUACUGAAUUGU